AUGGAUACCAACCCAGUGACUUGUUUACCAGACAGCAGGACAAUUACCAUUAAUACUAAAAAGACAUAUGUCACCUCAAACAUUAUUCCAGUUCAACUCCCUUUGCUGAUCAAUUCAUUAUUAUUCAUUGAGUGUUUCAUUAUUCUUAAUGCUCCUGUUGGUCCUGGUAUACAGCCCAAUGUCACUUGGUAUCAUGAUAUAACUGAUGUUACACACAAUAGUUCAUUAACAAGGAACAAUGACAGUGUCUUUACGUCAAUACUGACUAUUAAUUCAAUACAAGUAUCUGAUGCUGGAGUAUAUCAUUGUAGUGCUGGGAUUGAUUCUAAUGUAACUACUAACAAUAUCAAUGUAUGUGUAACAGUUAAUGAGACACUACCAUCAGUAACUGAAGAACUAUCCCUUGGUCAGUAUUAUUCAAUUGAUUGUAUCACUGGACCAGUACCUACUGGAGUAUCAGUAUCCUGGCUACUUACUAAUGGUUCUAUUUAUAGUGACAAUAAUACACUAAUGAUACCAUCAAUACUACCAUCACAUAAUAAUACACAAUAUAAUUGUAGAAUAAUGAUUAAGAAUAAUCCUUCUGGCUGUAGUAUUCAAUCACAGGUCAUUACUCUUAGAGUGAAAACUACUUAUGUUAAUUUAGUGACAAUAACACCAUCUUCAAUACUCAGUUUCAUUAACUCUACAGUAGUACUGACCUGUACUAUCAGUCUUAAUACUGGGAUAGGUCCUGAUACAUCAUUCAUUAGUCAUUACUGGUAUCAGUAUAGGACUGAUAUUAGUAAUAGGAGUACACAACUGAUGAUUAAUGGUGACACUAAAAGUCUAGUAACAACACUGAAUAUUACUAGUGUUCAAUUUUCUGAUGCUGGAGUAUAUCAGUGUAGAGCUAGUAUUGAUGGUAAUGAUACUGUUAUAAGUAAUACAACAUAUGUUUGUGUUGAAGUUCCUGUCAUAAAUAUUUCUUUUGAUGCUGAUUUAAGACUAGGAGAUGUUAGAGAGUAUGAUUGUACAUUAGGUCAUAAUUAUAGACAAUCAGAAGUUGUUGUAGCAUGGCAUGAUUAUACAUCUAAUAGAGCAUUUAUCAAUCCUCUCAUAUUAACAGUGGAUCAGUCGAUCAACAAUACAGUGUAUAUUUGUACUUUACUAAUUAUUCAAAAUCCAAUUAACUGUCCUUUUCAACAAGUGAAUGUAUCUGUUACAGUGAAAGGUAUUGCCAGCAAAUAA